UGUGUGAUGGUGCAUUUUUUCGUUUUCUUUGUUUUGCAUUCAUUAAUUAUUGUUAUUAAAUUUUAAAUCUGCUAUCGAGGCAAUGGAUAUAAGUGCAGAAAUAGCGGAUAUUACUGCUCAGGCGCCGGAAUGGAACUUUGCUGGCGAUUGUGCUCUUCUGGCGCUGAUGAAACGAAUAUCCCAGAACCUGCAAGAACGAGGAGAACGGACAACUCGGAAUCUGAGAGAGUUUGAAACUAGUGUUAGGCAAGCCGACAUAUCGCUAAGUAAUGCCACCAACAGCCUGCGCUCCCUUCAGUUCGGUCAGCAGUUCGUGGAGUACCGGGUGCAGGAGAUUGACGAUGACGACUUUGAGAUGCCUGCGGAAAAGAAGAAGAAGCCCGAGUCUCCGCCAAAGAGUUCGCAGGAAAUGUCGAAAGAAUUUCUAGAAAACAAUCUGCAAAUGUUUCGCAAAAACUUCGAGCCGGUGACCAUUGACGUGCCCGAUUCGGACGAUGAAGAUGCGCCAGUUAAUUCUACGACAAUCUUUCGCGCUAAGAACCCGUACGAUGCCAUUCCCUUGCCCUACAUUAUUGGCUCAAAAGAAUGGCAGGAGCACAAGUACGCCGGACUCUACGACAGCAAGGAGAGCAGCGAUGAUGAAAAGUCGGAGGAAUUCUCCUCCAGCUCGUCGGACGAGAGGGAGUCUGCGUCCAGCAAAACACCAAAGCCAGAGAACAAAUUAGUGCAGACACAGCUAUCCGACUCUUCCUCAUUGGCCUCAGCGACCACGGAGCCGGUGGCGGUUGUGUCCCCAGUUAAGCUGCAAAUUCCUGCCCCUGCAGCUCCUCCUAUCUUGGCCCCUGCUGACCACCAUCUAAGGGAACCUGCACCCAGCAGGACACAGCCACGUCCAAUUAUCAGCAGUCAACGGAAUCCCCAUGAACGUGACUUGUUUGCAGCCCUUCGCCAAUCGCCGCCAAGCGAUGAUCCACCUUCUACUUCGUCUUCGCCAAGAUCUUCACCUGCCAUAGGCAAUAGGGGAACUGCAGCAAUGCAGGGCUCUCUCAGCUCCAGCAGCAGCAGCGCCGCCCAUCAGCCGCCGCCAAGGCUAUUCGACGAAGCUGUGCCCCCACAAAUUCCCAGGAAAACCGAAGCAAAUCCAAGUCCAAUCAAGCGCAAGCCUGUAAAUCUGUUUAAUGAUGAUGAGUUCCACUCGCUCAUGUCGGAAAUCGUGGACAAGGUGCAGAGCAAGACGGGAAACAACUCAACAUCGAAUCAAGCGAACAAGCUGCCCGAAGAGAAUAAGCCAGUGGAUCAAGCACCAAAACCGGAUACUCCCAAGCAGAUCAAUGAGAUUAUAGCAACUCAGCCCAAGUCCAAAACUGUUAAUCUAUUCGAGGACAGUCCACCCUUGAGUCCCAUCCCCACGCACACUCCGCUUAGGGAUGCGACCAAUGAUCUGUCUCGGCCCAUCUUCGAUGACGUGCCGUCGCCUUUGAGUGUCCAGACGAAGCAGAUUCCGCCCAAAGAGCCUGCGAAACCGUUGCCCAAAUCGCUUUUCGAUGAUGACCUGGAGGAUGAUUUCCUGAGCUCCUUUACGGCCAAGCCAAAGCCACCAGAACAAAAGCUGAAAUCGUCUCUAUUCGAUGAUGAUGAUUUGGAUAUAGACGAUAUAUUUAUCAAGCCAUCGACACAACCGAACAAACUCUCGGAGAGAUUACUUGGGAAAACCUCACUGUUUGAUGAUGAUCAAGAUGAUGAUGUCACAGAUUUGUUUGCCUCAAAGAAGGAGUCGUCAAAGGAGAAAUUGCUGCCAGUUGAAAAGAAAGUGGAGACGCCCAUGAAAGAUCUGUUUGAUGACAUACAGGAUGAGGAUCUGUUCGGAACGCCAAAGUCCAAGAACUUAUUUGCCAAUCAGCCUGAACAACCAACAGAGGAAACAGAGAAAUUGGAGAUUGUUCAAGAGGAAACCCAGCCAGCGGAGGCAAUUGAAGAGGAGGCAGGUGAAGUACUACGGGAGAACGGAAACAAGCAGCCACAAUCCAUGGAGAUUAUUCAAGAGAAAUCGAACAAUGUCGCUCGUAAAGCUGCUGAUUUGUUUAACGAAGAUUUCAGCGAUGAUGAUUCAUUUUUGAGCACAGCCAAGACCAAGUCGGAAGGUGCUGCUGCUGCUGCGACGGAAAUUAGUCAAGAGAUUCACCCACAAGAGCUGGACAAAGAGAUUAAGCCACAGAAACUGCCAGAGAGUGUUCUUCCAACUCCGGAGCCAACGAACAAAACGGAAGAUGAAAGCCUCAACAAAGACAAAGUCGAUGUCAUGGCGGAUCUAUUUGGGAGCCCAAAAAUAGGUCCACCGGUUUUAGAGACCCCUCCGCCGGAUGACCUGGAACACGAUGAAGACCCCAUCAUAAGUAUGGUGGCUGAUAUCACAAAUAAAUCGCCCAAAGAAGAAGCCACUUUGACUGCACCUGAAGCUGACCUCGAAGCUGCCCAGCAAGUAAUGCAAAACUACACAAGCCUCUUCUCUGAGGAGCCUCCGGAUGACAGCGAGUUCUUCCAGACACUGGGCAGCAGCAGUCUCAGCAGCCUGAGUGCCUCGAAAAUGUUUGAGCACGAUCAGGACUUCUUUGAGCCGGCGCUGCCCAAGAUUCCAGUUGCAAACAAGAGCUCGGCAGCUACUCCAAGCGACCAUGGGCCAAUCGGUUUGUUCAGCGAUGUGCCACCCGAUGACGACGACGAUGCUGCUGAGGCGCAGAAACAAGCUGCAGCACAGCCCGUCGAUGUGCCAUCGACUACAACCCGCAUUCACACGAUUUUCUAUGAUGACUUCAGUGAAACGGCACGAGCAGGAGCUGCAGGGCAAACCAGCAAAGCACCCAUUAUGAAGGAGGAGGAGCAUCCACCAGCUGAUGAAGUGGAUCGCAGCAAGGCACAAGAAGUAGCUGAACUGCCUACUCCCACAUCUCCCGUGAAGAAACUGAAGAUGCCCACUAUAAACAUCAAUGUUCAGGCGCUGCUUCCUGGCACCGGUGGCCUGCCGAAGUUCCACAAGAUGCAGGUGCCUACGCCUCCUCCUCCACAAGAGGCCGAAGUGGUAACAUCCGGUGCUAAACCAUCGAGUGCGUACACUCCAAGUAUCAAUGAGGAAUCAAACUCUACCGGCAGGGAGAACGGCCUUCAGCAUGUGAACAAAACACGCGCACGAGGACCGGCUCGCAGGCGACCAUCCACCAGGCAGGGCAGGCGGGAGAACUACGCCAAGAGUGUGCUGGAAGAUGUGCAUCCGUCAACACCCGCUGAGGUAGCUCCAUCAUCUAAAGCAAUGGCUCCCAGCAAGACACCGACUCUGCCCAAACUGGUAAAAUCUUUUUUGGACAGUGAUGACGAAGAUGAGGAUCUCUUUGGUACUGCCAAGAUAGUGUCUGCAAUGUCACAGAGCGAAACGUCAGCAAAGCCAGCUCCUGAAGAUAAGCUAAUGACUGCUCCUCUGCCCAGUGAGCCGCCGGAGGAUCAUGUGAAGCCCAAAGCGCAAACGGUGCCGAUGUCAAGACCAGCCAAAUUGUUCGAUGAGAGCGAUGACGAUGACGAUUUGUUUGCCAGUGCAGCAGUGGCCGCCUCAGUGCCCCCUGUUCAGGCCAAGGUGCUCUCUAAAACGCCAGCAGCGUCUCUGUUCAGCAGCGACGAGGAUGAAGACUUCAAGUUGCCGGCGAAGACUGCUCCCAAGAAGAACAUCGCGCCCAUUCAGGCGAGCAAGACGACGAGCCUGUUUAGCGAUGAUGAAGAUGACGAUGAUCUGUUCGGAGGAGCUGCAACGAGCAAGCAGGCCAAGCCUCAGCCACGUGGCGUGGCCAAGCCCGCUGCCAGCAAAACUCGCACCGCAGCAACCAUUCCAGCCAGCUCUGGCGACAAUCCCCUGGCCGAUCUGUUGGGCUUUAAGUGAAACAUGAUUGCCUUUAAUUACAAGUAUGUACAGUUGUCGAAUGAACGGUUGGGACUGCCAAUCAGUCCGAGUAUUCGAGUGUCGAGUAUUGUUAUUCGUAUUAAACGAUGAAUGUUCGCUGUC